AAACGCGGCCUAAAUUCCGAAAUAACAAUUGCAGUCGCAAAACUAUUAACCCGAUUUUGUAAAAUGAUCGAUUGUUCAGCAGCUCAGCAAAUCGGGCACACUUUAAAACAUAAACCGUGCGAUCGAAAUAGUUUCUCGUCGUGAAUUGUGCGUUUGUUGUGCUCUGCCGGCGUUAGAAACUGAAACCUCGGUCUCCCAUUUAAAAUUCAGCGUGGCGUUGAAAUUAAUCGCAAAGGCCUUCCUCCUCCUGAAACAGAAAAUGUCAUACAAAUCCACCAAUGGCAUCAAGAUGACAAAGUGCGACUCCCAGCAGUGGAAAACCAACUCCAUCCACGAGACAUCGGUCAAAUUCGCUGGAGAAGAGGCCAAGGAUAGGCUCUACGAGCCCAAACACAAAAAAAAAUUAGUGCGCGUCUUGACGGUGGUAGCUUACGUGUUUUUCGUUUCCCUAGCGGCGAUUAUGUUGUCUCUCUAUUACGUGUUCCUGUGGAACGGAGAUCAAAAAAUUGCCGCUAAAUACGUAAUUUCCCAGCCCAAACAGCAACGGCAAUAUUUGAGCAAUAAAUGUAACAGUAUUUUAGCAGAAUUGCAACAGCAAAUAACAGCAAUAGAAUCUGAGGAGCUAACAGUUUCUUCCACAAUUCCAACAACUUCAGAAGAGAGCGUGACAUGGCUAGAUGAUUAUGAGGAAUUUGAAAGACCGACAGGCAUUUUCUUAAGAAAAAUAAUUGGUAGAUAUGAUUACUGAAGACUCUUAAAGAAACAGAUAUUAGAAUUAAUGGAAUAGCCGCAGGGUACUUUCCUAUGAAAGUCUGGCAGUAAUCGACAAAAAAAUAUGUGUAUGAUUGAUAUUCUCUCUUAGUAUUUAAAUUUCUCAUCAAUAUUGUGAUUCUGGUAUUUUUAAUUUAUUCUGAAGUACCCACAACAUUGUGUUCCUUUAGAUUUUCUUAAUUAAACU